CAAAGUUUGUGAAAGUUGAUGGGUGUAUUUUCUGAAGAGUAACUUGUCAUUAUUUGCAUUUUUUCCCCACACUUCACAAAAUACGCGUACACGUAAAUUAAACAUGCCGCUUUUUGAGGGACUUGGAAGCGGCGGAGAGAAGACCGCUGUUGUCAUUGAUCUUGGCUCGGCAUACACAAAAUGUGGUUUUGCAGGUGAAACGGGACCCAGGUGUAUCAUCCCCAGUGAGAUGCCAAGGCCUGGCCUCCAGCAGCCCAUCAAAGUGGUCCAGUACAACAUCAACACAGACGAGCUCUACUCCACCCUCAAGGAUUUCAUUCACAUGCUUUACUUCAGGCAUCUGCUGGUGAACCCUCGAGAUCGGCGCGUAGUGGUCGUCGAGUCCGUCCUGUGCCCGUCGCACUUCAGAGACACCCUCGCCAAAGUCCUCUUCAAACACUUUGAGGUGCCAUCGGUGCUUUUCGCCCCCAGCCACCUUGUGUCAGUCCUCACUCUGGGCAUCAACUCUGCCCUGGUGAUGGAUUGUGGGUACACAGAAACCCUGGUGUUGCCUGUAUAUGAGGGCUUCCCGAUCCUGUCUGCCUGGGAGGCCCUACCCCUGGGAGGAAAUGCCAUUCACAAGGAGCUGGAAGGGCUGCUUAUGGAACAGUGCACAAUAGACACAGACUCAAAGAGAGGACAGAGCCUGCCGUCAGUCAUCAGUUCCAUUCCUGAGGAAGUUGUGGAGGAUAUCAAAGUAAGGACCUGUUUUGUCAGUGACCUCCAGAGGGGCCUGAAGAUCCAGGAGGCCAGGUUCAGUAGGGAGUGCACGGUGGAGCGUCCAGCCCCACCCCCCGAUGUCGAUUACCCACUGGAAGGAGAGAAGAUCAUACACAUCAAGGGAUCAAUCAGGGACUCUGUCAUGGAGGUGCUGUUUCAGCAGGACAAUGAGGAGAAGUCUGUGGCCUCACUAGUGCUGGAUGCCCUGGUCAAGUGCCCCAUCGACACCCGUAAGACCCUGUCGGAGAACCUUGUAGUUGUCGGGGGCACAGCCAUGCUGCCUGGCUUCCUGCACCGGCUCCUGGCAGAGAUCCGGCGCCUCGCAGAGAAACCUCGCUACCAGCAGACCCUGGCCACCAAGAGCUUCCGCCUGCACAGCCCCCCGGCCAAGCCCAACUGCACAGUCUGGCUGGGAGGUGCAAUAUUCGGAGCCCUGCAGGACAUCCUUGGCAGCCGGUCUGUGUCCCGGGACUACUACCAUCAGACAGGCCGCAUUCCAGACUGGUGCUGCUUGACCACCCCUCCCUCAGAGUCUGUAUAUGACACUGGCAAGACCCUGCCUCCACUGAUGAAGAGAAUCUUCUCCACAGAGAAGUGAAGCCCUCUCCUACUCUCACCCAACAUGGCUACACUUCCUAGCCUCAGUCCCAACCCAGCUGGGCAUUGACCCUGUCUCCCUGACCAAUCUCUACCAGCCCAGGCAUUGACCACACCCCCAGGCUCAUCUCUGCCCAUCCAGGCCUUGAUCAUGCCCCACAUCCUUACUCAGAGAGGCUCUGGUUUGGCCACCUGCGCUAAACGCCUCGUUGAUUAAGCAGUGGCCAUGCAGCUUGACAUUCUACCUCACUGUGAAACUAUAAUUGUUUCUGCCUUGGAGGUGGGGCAAGGUGAGGACAAUGCUGCAGUUCUGUAAGCGGUGCUCUACAUGAGCUGAAUGAACAAAAUGUUGUUGAGCAGCCAUGGAAGUUUGCCAGACAUGUGGAGGAGGCCUGAGUCAGUGAGCUUACUGAAAGAACUAGCUUCAGUAGACACUCAAGGGCUUUUCAGCUUUUAAUCAUUAUUAGAACCAUAUUUGUCUGUAAAACCCAAUGUUUUGAAUAUUAUGAACUUAGUUUGUAGAGGGAAGGUGGCCGCAUCUGUAAUACAGCAGUGAACAUACUCAAAUGUGAUGGCCAAAUUUUACCAUCACAACAAAAACUCCCAAAAUUACCCAUAAGGCACAGGGCCCUAAAACCUGGCUCACAUACAGCCCUCACCAUGCAUUUUACAUUAACUAUGUCUGCUAUGUUGAAUUUUUCAUUUGUUUGAAAAAUAAGCGUAUUAGCAAAUAUUUUUACAAACCAUUGGUUUGAUCCUCAUGAAAUUUCUUAUGCACAUAUCCCUGUCCUAUCUAAAUGGAGUGGAAACAUUCAAAGGCCUGAGACGUGGCAGUAACAAGUUGAACAGCGUGCAGCAUUUGUACCUAAAUAUGCAAAGUAGCAAAUCAUUCUCAAGCAGAGAUAUUGUAUGCAGUGGAAUCAGUUUAGUAACAUUUUUUAAAGCAGCAAGAAUGUAUGAAUGUUGUUUGCGUGGUAGCCUGUAGCACAAAUGGCCUUCCGCAGACACCAGCUUUUAUUUCUGCUGUAUGUAAAAAUAUGCCUGCAAAUUGAACAGGGCAUCUCUGUAUUGAUAGUCACGAUAUGGUCAACAAUAGAGUAAAUCGUAAAAAACACGUACAGUAGCAUAGCACAUUAGUCGCUUUAUUAGAUGGUCUCCCUUCCAAGUUACGUGCGCGUUACCUUUAAGGGAUUGCAUUUCUAAGCCGAAGUGUAACCCCAGUACUGAAAGAGGAUUUUGAUUUCAGCUACAGGAAAUAAAAUCACAUCAGCCUCCCGGGGGAGAAAGUGAGAUAACCGCUUUAACUGUAUCACUGACUUAUGCCUACAUUUUCCUGUAAGAAAGUGACAUCACCAAAAAAGGUGUACAUCAGACAUAUUUUGUCUCAUUUAGCUCAUUUAGUAAAUUGUUUUAUUAAGAAUGUUUUCAUAACAGUGAUUAAUGUAUCCACGUGAUUGAUUCUCAGUGAUAAUAGUAAGUGUCCCAAACUCCAGUUUGGAUGCAUUCCUUUAUCUAAUGCACAACGGGUGCAUUGUCUUGAGUUUUUCCCCAUUCCAAAAAGAGGGAUUUCAUUUGUGCUGUAUGUAAUGUUUUGACAGAUUACAUUAGAAUGUGCCGGGGGUGUAUCCUGGUAAAUAUGCGCAGUGGUUUUUCUGUACGGCUGCUACUUUGAUAUCAUAUUUGACAUUGUGCUAAAGAAUCCAAAGAUUUUCCAUAUUUAAACCUGCUGUUUAUCACAUGGUCUGGCCUUCAUGCCUGCAUGAAGUCAGCUGGACCAAACACCAUCAUACACUGUUGAGCUUGGCUGAGAUUUGGAUUGUCUGUACAUGCCAGGAGAUAAUACUGUACUCAGGGUGUGUUUUCCUGUAAUUUUAUUCUGUGUUAUAAUGGCUUAUUAUAUAAGUGAAUGUGUUUUGUUUUAGCUUUAUAAGGGAAAAGAUCUGGGAUCCAGUGGAAGGGCUGAAGCUUCAGUACACUGUGGAUGUCAACGAUGUUAUAGUUGAUCACGUUUAAAACAGACUUCUUGAAUCAUUCCAUUCAUUUUGUUUACUGCCUGUGUGACCAAUGUCACUGGCCGUUGAGGGAUCUGGGUCUUCAUACCAAGAUGGCAAUUAGCCAAACAUACCUCUAAAGCAUUCCCCAUUCACCAGGCUGUGCAGUAAAUGUUUCAAUUGUCCAAAACGGUUGACCAAUGAAGACAGUUAAAGAGGCUCACCAAUUACAAAACGGUCCAUAAACAUACAGUAUGAUGCUGGACCCUUCACAAUAGAUCAGGUUUUGCCAGUAUGUUUUGCCUCAUACUGAUAUGUAUCCUACAAACCGUGUUUUGAAUUCGAUUGAACUUUGUGCAUUCACUGAAGGGCUGCUUCACCAACACCAUUAGAACAAUGGGCUGCCCUGCCUUGUCCAAAGCAGUGAAUUGUGGGAUAUCCUCGCCCCUGAAAUGUACUGUGCUUGCUUGUGCAGGAGCCUCUACUCAGGAAAAGGAUUUGUUUUGAUGUAUAUUCUACUGGGACGCAUGGUUCUCCUCUUGCUGGAAGGAAUUGUUUUUUGCAAACUGUUGCUGAAUCCAAGAAAAAGAGCAACUUUAGUUCCCAGCAAAACUUCUCUGCCCUUUCAGAUAUUUGACUUUGGAAUAGCCUCAGGGAGCGAGCACUUGGGGCCCUCUUUUUAUUUGCCUUGCCAGAUGACUGGAACCAAAGUGAAUAAACAUAUUUUUGAGUUAACAUCUUUGUAUUUGUGC